ACGAAUUUGUCAACAACCUGUCAAAACAAACGUGAACUUUGGACUCGAGAACUGUGGUUUAAAGCAUAAACAAUGUUUUCAACGCUUCUAAGAGAUCUCCGAGCUCAUGCUAUUAGCAACAUUGAAUAUUAUCAGAAUGGAACCACGACAUCAACGUCAUUAUUUCACAAAUCUUUUAGCCUCAUGCAUGAACAUCUCGAUAGAGGGAUCCAACCCUCAAUAGAAGAAAUUACCCCACGUUUGGCUGAUUAUGAUUUAUCCCCAGACAUCCACGCGAACGGUUAUCGAAGUUUGAUCAAAGUUGUUCACAAAUGUUGCCUUCAUCUUUUACAGUUAUCUCGACACAUUUCAAAUAAUAGAACUUCUAUGUUCUUCCGUGGUCACCACUAUUCAAAGGAAUUGGAAUCUUAUGUUUCUGUUUUGGGACAACUAAGAGCUAGUUUACAUUAUGCCAAUAAGCUUAUCCCAUUUUGUGAUCAAGGAAAUCUUUUUGCUAAUGAAGCCUAUCUUGACAAUGAAGUUGCCGAAAAUCUAUUGAAGGAUGUGGAGCGAUUAAGUCAGGACUGUUUCUAUGGGAGAUGCCUUGGUUUUCAGUUUUGUGAGUCAAUGGUAAAACCAUUACAUGGGGUUGGUGUUGCCAUGGCAUCAUUUAGUGAUGGAUACAAAAAUGAAUCACAUUUGUUGCAACUGACAACAGCUUUGUUCAACAGCGGAAAAUACUUCUUAGACCCAGACCUAAGAGCACAAAGAGUUGUAGAUGUCACUAGAACAGCAGAUAUAAGUUUCUGUAAAGCUUUCUGGUCCAUACCAGAAACGGAUUUUAUGCAGUUGUCACAUCUUGCAUGUCCAAGAGUCCAUGUAAAUGAGGUUAUUGCAAUUCAACCAGGACCAUUUGAGAUGAAUUGUCAUAAAAGUGUGGAAACAGUUGUUAUAACACCUCCAUGUGCCUACACAGGGCCAGGGAAUAUCAAAAUGAGGCUGUUUUCAAAUCAUUGGAGAGAAGGACAGAAAGUUCCACAUACAAAGAUGAAGAAGAAACCACACCCAAAAUCUUCAGGAUUAGUUCUACAUUGUCAUGGUGGAGGAUUUGUAGCACAGUCUUCAAGGUCACAUGAGGUAUAUUUGAGGCAAUGGGCCAAGGAUUUGGAUGUACCUAUAUUAUCUAUUGACUAUUCAUUAGCUCCUGAGUACCCUUUCCCUAGAGCUUUAGAAGAGUGUUUUUAUGCAUAUGCUUGGGCACUGGAGAAUUCAGAGCUUCUAGGAUGGACAGGUGAGAGGAUAUGUUUUGCUGGAGAUAGUGCUGGUGGUAACCUGAUGAUGGCUACAGCUAUCAGAGCAGCAUCCUUCCAGAUCAGGGUACCAGAUGGGAUAAUGGCAGCCUAUACACCAUUCAUGGUCAGAUAUACACCAUCACCAUCAAGGAUGAUGGGAUUGAUGGAUCCCUUGCUCCCUAUGGGGAUCCUAACCAGAUGUUUAGCAGCAUAUGCUGGGGUUUCCACAUGCUUUUCACCAAAAGAUGACAAAUGGGUUAUUGUAGAAUAUAAGAAGAGUGACCACUCAUUUGAAGAUAGUGAAAAAUCUACAAAGGGGGAUAACUCUCCAACAGAUACUUCAGCAUCAAGUUCCAGACAUAACUCUGCAAUGGAUACUUUGACAUCUAGUUCUGAUAUGGAAAGCAACAGUGGAACUGAAUCAUGUUUUGAAGAAGUUGAAAUUGAUAAUGGACAUGUACCUCCUAUUAAUGAAGAAACAACAGAAAAAGAUGAGGUCAAAAGUGAGGACAGUUUUGAAGUUUUGACUGUUUCAAAAGAUGCUUUAGGAACUCCUGAUUCAACAGACUCACAGUUUUCAGUGGAAGAUUUUGUUUCAGAAGGUACUGAUCAUAGUACCUCCCAGAAUGUAAAUGUCAACAAUUCUGAACCAAAUGGUGCUGUAAUGGAACUGUCAGAAGGUGCAACUACUAGUAAUUCUGUAGAAAAUGGUGGUGUUAAUGAGAUAUCACAUGAUAGUGUUGUAAUGAGUCCUGUGGAAGAUGGUGGUUUUGAUGAUCAGACUUUCUCUAAGGAUAUAUUAAGUCAGUCGAAUAGUGAUCAGAGUUCUAACAAACAUAAAAAGUUAGCUAGAGUCAGCAAAGGGAUUCCACGACAAAUGUCUGUUGAUUUGCCAAAGGAAAUAUGUCAAUCUGUACCUCCAAGUCAGAGCAUGCCCUAUAUCCAGCCACAGUCAAGGGUUCGUCAGACGUCUCGGUCAAAAACAUUUGAUUGUGUGGGGCAUAGUGAUUCAGAUUCCAGUUUUGUUACAAAUUGUACUGGAACAUUGAAUUUUGUGCCACUGAGAGCUGCCAAACAUCACAUUCAACAUAGUCCUUUGACAGCAUUUCGGCAUCUGCCUAUUGUGAAGAAUCCAUACAUGUCUCCAUUGCUAGCUUCAGAGGAGUUGUUGAAAGAUUUGCCUCCUGUUUAUCUUGUGGCCUGCCAUUUGGAUCCUCUCUUGGAUGAUUCUGUUUCAUUUGCUAAAAAGCUGAGAGAUCUCAAUAAAAAAGUUGACCUUCACCUUAUUGAUGAUUUACCCCAUGGAUUUCUGAACUUUUCAAUGGUCAGUAAGGAGGCCAGAUUAGCAUCUGAUAUAUGUGUCAGUAAAAUAAUGAGUGUUCUUGGAUAAUCAAUGAAAUAUGACUGUAAAAGUGUUCAUUGAGGUGAAGUGUUCAUGGGAAAGCAGUGAUAUAUGAGUGUUCUUGGGUGAAUACCUUGGCAUUGUUGUUAAAUAUUGUCUUUCACUUAUUUAUUGUUAAUUUGUGAUAUGAAUUGUUGAUAUUUAUGUUAUUAAUAGCCUUUUAAAAUGGCACUGUUACAUGUAGUCUUGUUAAUGAAAUUGAAAUUUAUAUAAAAUGCACACACUAAAAUUGUCACACUAUUUUUUUUAAGAAAUGUAAAUUUAAGAUAUUCAAAACAACAAUGAAAAAAUAUUUUAGCUUUGUCAAGAUAAACUACAUAAAGGAGUUAUCAAGGUUGAAUUUCAUUAUUUUAUUUUUAUAUUUUGCUUCGUUUUAGCAAGGCAUAGUGAUCCUAUAUUCUGAAGUCGGCGGCGUCAACAUUUAGGUUCAGUCUGUGGUUAAAGUGUUUUAAGACAUCAAUAAAUUGUCAAACCUACAUGGAAUUUUAUGAAAUUUGGACAGAAGCUUGUUUAUGACCAAAAUACAGUAUCCAGAGCAAAAUUUUGAAAAUAUUUAUUUUCACUUUUCCAUAUUUUACUGAUAAAUGGACUUAAUUUUUUUUACAGAUAACAAGUAGAUACAGUCUUGGGUUAUUGUUUGUUACACAUCAAUUACUUUGUCAAACCUUCAUAGAAUUUUAUGAAACUUUUUUAUGAUUAAGAGAUAAUGUCUGAAGCAAACUAUGAAAAUAUAUUUUCAUUUUCAGUAUUUUUCUGAUAGAUGGACAAUCUGGGAUUAAAUUUUAUUGACAUGAUAAGUUUGUUAACCUUCAUGGAUUGUUAUGAAUCUUGGAAAGAAGCUAAUCUUCAAGACCAAGAAAAAGCAUCUAAUGAGAAAGUGAUUUUUGUUUUAAAUUCUGUAUUUCACUGAUAAUGGACUCACUUUUUAAGUCAACAUUACACUUUUACACUGACAGCAGCUAUCGUAGGCGAGACACAGGGUUCCGGGGAACCCCUUACAAAUUUAUAAAAAAAAUAUUUUCCAGCUGGUGUUAAUUUGUCAGUUAAAGACCAAAUUAAAUCAACUGUAUAGUUCCAGUUACUUUGCUGGCUUGUUAUAAAUUUUCACAUGAACACAUAAAUUGAUAGUAUAUACAUAACAUAACUAAAAAAGCAGAAAAAAUUAAAGGUCCCUGUCCUCAUAUUUUCAAGAUAUGAGCCAUUGAAAAGUUGGCUGGAGAUGAUUCUCUCUAGAUAUUUCAUACUUUUAACAUUGGCACCUUUUUUCUUCAAAAACUAUGAAAAAAACAAGGAUUUUAUUACAUUUUCAAAUAUGGCUUUUUAAACUAUAUGUUAUUAUAUUAUGAAAAGAACAGAAGAGGUAAGUUUUUUAAUGGCACUACAUGGAUAAAACCAGAGGAUUUCGAAUAUCUGAAAAAAAAAUCAAAAACCAAGAUGAGCAAACAUCCUUAAAUAACUGUUACUAUUUACAUUUAUUAACUUUGCUGUUUUAUCAGUUACAUUGCUGUGCAUGAACUCUGUUAGAUUUAUGUAGAAAAUAUAAACAAGGUCUCUCUUAAAAUAAACUUUUGAACCAUUAUUAAAAGUUUAUUUUAUAGUUCUAGAUAUUUAAUUGAAAAUACAUCAAAUAAAAGACUUUCACUAUUUCAUAAAAUGUGUUUAUAAAUAUUUUUGACAAAACUCUUCUAUGAUAAUUUUAAACAUCUUUUUUGAGGAUGUAUUUCAAAUUAAAGCUUUUUUGUAAUUGAGCUUAACUAUUGCUCUUUUUAUGAUGUUUAAUUUUUCUGACUACAUGCAUGAGUAAAAAUGAUCUUAAAUUUCAUAAAAUUGUUUGAUAAAUAUUAUUUAUACUACCAAUUUUAUGUGACUGAAUAACCAUUAUUAUUAUUCAAUCAGCAUGAAGACAGUGUAACUGUUGUAUAAAUUUUGCAAUAUCACUCACUAGUGAUAGCUGGAUGUAUAUUAUUGUAUUCAAAAUGUCUUUCUAUUAUCAUUAAUGAUUAUGUUUUGUACAGAUAUAUAUUUUUAUGCUUCAUUUUAUUUUUGUGUCUGAUUACAGAUCUGAAAUUAACAUUAAUGAUGAUAUGACUUCUGUAAUAUCAGGAUUAUUAUUACUUGACUCUGAUAUUUUGGAUCUUUGUUCCAUACUUCAGUGCUUGGCACAGAAAACACAUUAAUCUAUAGAGAACAAUAUUGAGCUCUUAAAUUAUAUUAUAUUGUUAUUUUGUUAUUUUGUUUAAGGAUUCUAAACAGAAAGUAGUUAUUUUUAUGCCCCCGCCACAGGGGGCAUUAAAUGUUACCCUUGUCCGUCUGUACGUCUAUCUGUAUGUAUGUCCCGAAAUUGGUUUCCGUUCUCUAACUUGGUUUGCCUCAACCAAAUGUUAUGAAACUUAUACACAAUGCUUAUUACCACAAAACACAGAUCAAGUUUGAAUUUGGGUGACGUCACUUUCACCAUUCUAGAGUUAUGAUCUUUAUUAAAUGGAAAAAUUUUCGUUCUCUAACUUACCGGUAAGUUUGCCUCAACCAAAUGUUAUGAAAUUUAGAUCAAGAUCGAAUUUGGGUGGCGUCCCUUUAUAACGUUAUAUGCAAGCGGGGUCAUCAUCUGUGUCCCAUGGACACAUUCUCCAUAUAUUUAUGAAGCUUUGAACAAAUUAUACAAAUGAAUAUAAAGUACUACACCAGUUGAAGUACUCUGUGUAGUAACAAAAAAUAUCUGAAGGAACAAUGUUAUGUACGUUUCAAUAUUAAUGUAACUGUCUUCAUCAUUAAAUCUGUCAAAUUGGUGUUCAUUUGAAAAACUGUUUAAAUCAAUUACCAUGUGAUAUUGAAACUGUAUGAUUGUAGAUUUUUUUUCAUGUCCAAAUAAUUAGGAACACUUCCAUGUUAUAAGUCUGCACACCUUUAAAGACUGUGCUCUACAUUUUUGAUAAAGUGCAACAAGUUGCAAGGUGACCAGUCCUACAUAAUAAAUAUAUAUGUCAUAUAAAUAUUUAGUCAGAUUGUAAGUCAAACAAGGUAAACAAAUUCAUGGAAUGUCCUAUAUAUAUCUUUUGCAGAAGAACAUGGACCAGAGCCCCAUUUUGAUAAAGCAGACAUAAGACAUGCAUACAUUCAAGUCUCAUAUAUUAAUGUUAGUGAAGCACACAUUCAAAUUGUAAUAACUUUGUGAAAUGGAGACCUUCUGUCCUAUGUUGAACCUUGUAGCAUUAAAGAAGCUUGUAAAUUGCAUUUUCCUAGCUUUCAGUGUUCAAGAAGCUUGUUUAUUGUAUUUUUCUAGCUUUCAGUGUUUAAGAAGCUUGUAUAGUGUAUUUUCCUAGCUUUCAGUGUUUAAAAGGUUGUAUUUUAUAUCCCAGCUUUCUGUGUUUGAUAAGCUUGUACAUGUACAUGGUAUAUUUUGUAUUUUCAUAGCUUUCAGUAUUAAAGAAGAUUGUAUUUUUUUCUUCUUAGCUUUCAGUGUUAAAGGAUCUUGUAUUUUAUAUUUUCCAGCUUUUAGUAUUAAAGAAGCUUGCACUUGUAUUUUUGUAUUUUUGUAGCUUUCAGUGUUAAAGGAGCUUGUAUUUUGUAUUUUCUAGCUGUUUAGAGCAUGUAGAGCUAGGAAAAUACAAAUACACAUUUUGUAUUUUUCUUGAUUUCACUUUUUAAGAAACUUGCAUUUGUAUUUUGUAAUUUCCUAGCUCUUAAUGUUAAAGAAGCUUGUAUUUUGUAUUUUCCUAGCUCUUAAUGUUAAAGAAGAUUGUAUUUUGUAUUUUCCUAGCUUUCAGUGUUCUUUACUAUACCUACCUCUAUAGAAGUAGGAAUAAUGUAUUUACAGUAUCAAUAAUCAAUAUCCCUUUCCUUCCAAACCUAAUUUUUAGUAUGGAUAAAUGCACUGAUUCCCUUUUUAGCUAACCUGGCCAUUAGCUCAUGUUCAAUUGUGUUUCAUCUUUUGUCAUCUUCUAACUUAAAAAAAAAAUCUUUUCUGAAACUACUUUGCCAACUAGAACCAAACUGGACCGCAAUCAUCAUUGGGGUAUCUAGUUUGAAAAUGUGUCUGAUGAUCCUACCUGUUAGCUAACAUGGCUAAAAAUAGAACAUAAGUUUAAAAUGCAACUUUUUUUUAUUAUCUCAUAAACCUUUAAUAACUUUUUAACCUUUUGACCAACGCCUAUCAAAUUUUAAUUUGUAGUUACUGAUGACAAAAAGGAGGUCAAGUUCAAUGUUGAAGAUUUUCAUUUUGUUCAGGAGUUAUGGUCCUUGAUAGAUUGGAACGUGGCACUUAAUGUCGUUUCCAUGCAAUAACUUACAAACUCAACAGCCUAUGCUAUUCAACUUUAAUAACUUGUUACAAAUGACAAAAUGGAGAUCAAAUUUGAAAUGGACUGUUUUCUCUUUUACUGUUCAAGACAUAUGAUCCAUGAUAGAUUGGAAAAUAGGCACAGAACAAAGCAGGUCAAAUGAGCCUGAAAUUGCCAUAUAUUAGAAUAUAUCAAUUCCAUUCAUACAAGCUGUCCUGUUAAAAUCAACAAUGUUUACAUUCAAAGUAUAUAAUCAUUAGAAAAUAAGAAUAGAGGCAUCAUAUAUAAACUACUGGAAUUAUAAAAUUGUAUGGAUAAGAGCAAGAAUACAUUAAAUAAGUUGAAAUAUUAAGGAAUGAAAGGACAUAUUCAAAAUUGGGUAUUUGAGAUGUGUACAAUAUGUCAUGGUGCUAACUUAUUUAAUGUGCAAUUUAAAGUUUCUUGGACAAACAUUUGAUGUUUAUGAUAGUUUCAUAUAUUUAUUGUUGGUGUUAAAAAGAAGAAGUUCAAAAAGAUUUAGAUUUUGUUGUAGACCUUUUAAUGAUAAAUGUUCAUACAAUGUACAAUGAAACAAAAUGACUUUCCUUUUUCAACCCCAUCUUAUCAUUUGCUACUUCUCUUCCCCUUACCAUGUCUGUCCCCUUUCAAUAUAAUGUUAUAGUCUUCAAAGGGCAAAUAAUACUUAAGGUUUAUUAUUAUUAUAUAAGUGACCAUAUAGGUUUAUAUGAUAAAACACUGCCUCAUUGACCAUUUCUAGUUUUUAUACGACCGCAAAAAAAAUUUUGUGGUCGUAUAUUGGUAUGACGUUGGCGUCGUCGUCGUUGGGUGUUUUUGUACCAACAGUUAAGGAAUUAGGGGCCAAAAAUAAGCAUUUUUGUAACUUCCAGACAUAACUUGUGUGUAAGUGUAUGGAUCUCUCUGACAUUGUACCACAAGGUCUCAUAUCACAAAGGGAAUGCUGGGAUUGAUUUUGGGGGUAAUUGCCUCCAAAUUUUAGGAAUUAGGGGCCAAAAAAGGGGCAAAAAACAAGCAUUUUUCUAGUUUCAUGACAAUAACUUGUGUGUAAGUAAAAUUGAGAAUGGAAAUGGGGAAUGUGUCAAAGAGACAACAACCCGACCAUAGAACAGACAACAGCAGAAGGUCACCAACAGGUCUUCAAUGCAGCGAGAAAUUCCCGCACCCAGAGGCGUCCUUCAGCUGGCCCCUAAACAAAUAUAUAUACUAGUUCAGUGAUAAUGAACGCCAUACUAAACUCCAAAUUGUACACAAGAAACUAAAAUUAAAAAUAAUACAAGACUAACAUAGGCUAGAGGCUCCUGACUUGGGACAGGCGCAAAAAUGCGGCGGGGUCUUUCUGAAAUUGUACUACAAAGUUCCAUAUCACAAAGGGAAAGCUGGAAUUGAGUUUGGGGGUAAUUGCCAAAAACCUUUAGGAAUUUGGGGCCAAAAAGGGGGCAAAAAUAAGCAUUUUUCUAGUUUCCAGACAAUAACUUGUGUUCAAGUGUAUGGAUCUCUCUGAAAUUGUACUGUAAGGUACCAUUCCACAAAGGGAAGGCUGGGAUUGAUUUUGGGAAUAAUUGCAUCUAAAUUUUAGGAAUUAGGGGCCAAAAAGGGGCAAAAAAACAAGCAUUUUUCUAGUUUCAGGACAAUAACUUGUGUGUAAGUGUAUGGAUCUUUAUGAAAUUGUACUACAAGGUUCCAUAUCACAAAGGGAAAGCUGGGUUUGAGUUUGGGGGUAAUUGCCCUAAAUGUUUAGGAAUUUGGGGCCAAAAAGGGGCCAAAAAACAAGCAUUUUUCUAGUUUCCAGACAAUAACUUGUGUUCAAGUGUGUGGAUCUCUCUGAAAUUGUACUGCAAGGUACCAUACCACAAAGGGAAGGCUGGGAUUGAGUUUGGGGGUGAUGAAUCAUAAGGGGGUUCAAAAAUUUGGGGGGGGGAUUUUUUUUUCUUUAAAAUUUUCCAUUUUAAAUUGGUUAUUUCUGAUUUAUAUAUAAAAGCAAAUAAUAAUGAUAUGGUUUGAAUAGGUAAAUUAAAAAUUUUUAAGUUCUUAGACCACAUUCAUUCUGUGUCAGAAACCAAUGCUGUGUCAAAUAUUUAAUUACAAUCCAAAUUCAGUGCUGUAUCAAGCUUGAAUGUUGUGUCCAUACUUGCCCCAACUGUUCAGGGUUUGACCUCUGCGGUCGUAUCAAGCUGCGCCCAGCGGAGCAUUUUAUUGAUAAAAUUAAGACAUUCUCUUUUCAUCAGUUAUUAUAAAACUGUAAAUUCAGAAUUUUUUUUAGUGUUUCAAUUAUUGCUGUUGUUGAACAAUCAACAAACAUGUGGAAUUCAAGUACUGGUAUUAUGAUUUUAGGAAAUGCUUUAUUCAAAUAAUGCUAUCGAAAUUCCUAUCCUGUUGCAAUUUUUGCAACACAUGUAAAAAAAAAUUGCAAAAAGUUCUGAAUUUACAGUAUGAUUAUUGUAAAAUAUUAAAAAAAUAUUUUUGUAGCUUCAUUAUAAUUUUGAAAGUUGGCCUAAGUAGCUUAAGGUUUCUAUUGAAUAGGUUAUUGCUUGUAGGUUAAUUUUUCUAGCAAUGACAGAAAUCUUUGUUUUAAUCUUGCUGUGUAACUGUAUUACUUCAAGAUGAAUAUUUAUGUGUUAUUUAUUGAGUCCUAAGUGCUUGCUCAUUGCCAAUCAUUGCCGUACAAAAUUGUAACCAUUUUAUCAGUGCUUUCUAAUGUCUUCCUCAGUACAACAUUCAUAGUAAUUCAUUCAUAUUACAGUUUCUUUUAUAAUAAUUUUAAUUUUGUAACUCCCCCCUAAAUUAUUGCCAGACUUACAAAAUUGUAUACUAUUUUAUCAGUGCUUUCCUAUUGUCUUCCUCAGAAUAACAUUGAUAAUAAUUCAUUCAUAUUACAGCUUUCUUUUACAAUAAUUUUAUAUGUUGUAGCUUUCUGUGAUUUUUAUCACCUCUCUCCCCCCCCCCCCCCCCCUUUUUUUUUCUUUGUUAUGGCUGUAGAUAUUGAGCUGAUUUUGAUUAUAACGGUAUAAUGGUUAGUUGCAAAUCAAGUUUGCAUUUGGAUUGACAGAAUUACCGUCCUUAGAAAAUUGUACAUGUCUGAACCUUUUUGGUUGUAUCUGUAAAUAUUGAUGCUGUGGAUAACAUACUUUUCACUUCUGAGUUCUUCCUUCUCCACAGUACAGGCCAUUCGUUUGAUAUGUGGCGAUAAAUAUUUUUUAUAAUUUUUCAUGCAAGUUGUCAUUGUUCUCCAUUCUUAACAGGAUAUUUAUAGUAUGUCAGAUAUAUAGGGAUCAUUGCCGCCAUAUUUUUUGGGGUGUUCAGGAUAUAAGUGUAACAUGUGUCAAUUGUUCUUAAAAAAUACCACUUGAGCAAGUUCAGAUAAAAACUAGUCAUGCAUUACAUUUCUAUACUAUCCUAAAAUAAAUUUAAAAAAAACAUGAAAUUAUCUCUUGCAAAUAAAUCCAAAAGCAAAUACAAUGACCAAACAAUAUCCAAGUAGAAAGACUACAAUAUACCAGAAUAUUUUUAUACGAUAUUAUUCUUGAGAUGUUUUUAAAGGUUUUCCACAUUUUUAUGGAAUAAAAAGUUUGAUAUUUGUUUAGUGUAUGAGCAAGAAAUUUGUGGAUGAGGUCAGAAAAAGCAGUGAAUAUUUUCUGGUCUUUAAUUUCUCCUAUGUGCAAUUACUUAAUGUAAUAUAUAUACCAUAUUUUGUUUGAUUGCAAUGCAUUGUUUAUAAGUAUUGUUAUAAUAAUAUAGCAUUGUUUUGUUGACUCCUACCUUGUGUUCUGAACAAAACUGGAUUUCAGUAGCAAAUUCAGAAAUCAUUAUUUCUGAGGAAUUCAUUUCUAAAAAUAAUGCAAAUAACAAUAAAAUAAAUUAUACAAAUUUUGUUAUGUAAUUUGUCCAUAUCAAAAUCUUUUUCCUUCAAUUGUUGUUCCUCUCUGCAGUAAUUAUUAUGUUGAUCAAAACCAUAUUUGGAAAUGUAGAUGUUAGGACUUUAUUUGAUGUUGUAUUUAAUGUAAAAGGUAAUGUUUGGAACAGUUAAAAAAAGGCUCAGUCAGAUUUAUUGUUUGUUGUUUGCUUCAUGUCCAGUGGCAAAUAUUUCAUUCAUAUUCAGAGUGAAAACAAGAUUUUACUGUUGUUAUGUGAAUAAAUGAAUGAAUAAGAAA